UGUUUAUCGCUUACCCGAGGUUAUCUCACGUCUACAUCUUGACCAACAGCUACAAAUGAACGCCGCAGAAAGAAGAUUUUGCAAACGCUUUUCCCUCCAUGUCUCCUCCUCUUCCAGAUCUUGACUCACCCGUCAGCAUACCGGAAAUUCUCCAAUACUAUCUCGAUAACAAUCCCUCUUUCGCAGCCUACGUAUAUCCAGAGCAUGGGACUGGAGACCUCGCCGAAAUAUCGAUGCUUGAAUUUAUUCGAGCUGUUUAUCGGGCUGGAAAUGCGGUUUGUAGAGACUCUAAGCCUGGUGAGGUAGUCGCCAUCAUUGCCAAUCUUGAUAAUCUAGUGUAUAUGGCACUAAUCGCGGGCCUUAUGAAUGUGGGCCUUGUGCCUUUCCCUAUAUCACCGCGGAAUUCAUCACUCGGUAUCGUUGAUCUACUACGUAAAAGCUCUGCACACCGACUGCUCGCUACGCACGCUACCCUGAGCGGGCUAAUCGAUGAACUCAAAUCAGAGAUUCAAUCAGGCGGACCGUACGUGCUCAACAUCGAGGAGGCUCCGAACCUACAACAGGUGUUUCCAUAUUUAGCAAAAGAGACCUUGGAACAUCCGUUCAUGCCUCCAUUUCGCACUUUUACCCCGAAAGAUACUGAUACUGUGCUUUAUCUGCACUCGUCGGGUUCUACUGGUUUUCCCAAACCUGUCCGGCUUUCUUAUCUCAACCUCAAAGACUACAUUUCUGUUCUGUGCAUGGAAGAGAUGCGGAGUCUUGGGUUCAAGCGCUACGGUGCGGCCGGUUUACCACCUUUCCAUGUAAUGGCAGUGUUCAACCAGCUCUUCGUCGCAUUAUAUGCCCAAAUCACCGUCUGUUUAUUACCUCCGGUGGUAACAAAACCUGAUGCCCUUCCUGUGAUGAUGUCUGCCGACAAUAUACUCGAAAAUGCGAGGCUUACACAGGCUUCUGCUAUCCUUACUAUCCCCACAUUCCUGACCAUCUGGUCUCAUUCAGAAGAAGCCGUUCGGCAGUUGACUCAAUACACCCUCGUGUUCUAUGGUGGUGGACCGCUCCCACCAAGCACCGGCGAUUAUCUAGUGUCCCGCGGGGUCAAGGUUGUCACAGCGUAUGGCGGUACUGAAAUGGGGUUGCUAAUCAAAGCUACUAUUGAUCCGAAAAACUGGUCGUAUGCGGAGUUUUCGGACAAGUGCAAAAUUCGAUGGAUGCCUCAAGGCGAUGGAACUUUUGAAGCCCAGUUUUUAACGACAAAUCUCCAUCACCCUGCAGUCGAAAACAUUUCUGAUGUAAAAGGUUAUGCCACUUCCGACCUAUUUGUACCCCAUCCCACUAACCCUAACAAGUGGAAGAUCGUUGGCCGUGUCGACGACGUGAUCAUUCAUUCGUCCGGCGAAAAAACGGUACCCGGACCUAUGGAAUCCAUUAUCACAGCAACUCCCUUAAUUCAAGGAGCCGUCAUAUUCGGACGGGAGCGCGACCAAACAGGUCUCCUCGUAGAACCGUCGAUGACUCAUGAAAUAGAUGUGACAGAUCCUGCCCAAAUUUCUGCAUUUCGAAAUUCCAUAUGGAAUCUGGUGGAAGACGCAAAUCGAAUCGCUCCCGCUUUCAGCAGAAUUUUCAAAGAAUUGAUCUUAGUUGCUUCGCCCGACAAGCCUCUUCCUCGAGUAGGAAAGGGUACCGUUGCUCGAAAAGCUGCGUUAGCAUUGUACGAACCUGAAAUCAAUCAGCUGUAUGCAAUCGUGGAAUCAAACUCUGGUGGUGAUUCGGUCGAUCCUCCCAAAUCAUGGACAGUGGUGGACGUUGAAUCGUGGCUUGUUGCUCAAAUAACGGAUAUUCUGUCCAGUGGGAUCAACGUAAACCCCAAGCUUGACCUUUUCGAACAAGGCUUCGACAGUCUGGUAUCUACCAUAUUGCGAUUGCAUAUCGUGAGCGCAUUGCGGAAAACUAAUGCUGUUUUUGCGAGAGAGGUCCCUCAAGGUGUUGUAUAUUCGCAUCCUACGGUGGAGCGUCUUGCGCGGUACAUAAUCAGUCUUGUCAACAACCUUGACGCAGAUGCCUCUUUGGCUAAAACACGACCACAGCUUAUUGAAGAGAUGAUUGAAAUGUACUCUCAGGGAUUGGAUGCUCCUUUUCCUCCUCCAAAAAUUCCUCUCAACACUGAGAAACACAACGUUCUUCUGACGGGAUCCACAGGAAACUUGGGCGCUGAAUUGCUUGCCGGGCUGCUCUCGAAUGAGUCGGUUCACCGAGUCUACGCGCUCAAUCGUCUAUCGUCCAAAGCUUCAAUGCUCGAUCGACACUCUGCACGGUUUGAAGAUAAAGGCUUAGAUACUUCAUUGUUGUUAUCUCCCAAGCUGGUUUUUCUAGAAGGAGAGUCGUCCAGCGACAAUUUAGGUCUCCCAGAAAAUAUGCUCGAUGAGUUACGUAAAAAUUUAACUCUGGUGAUCCACAAUGCCUGGAGGUUGGAUUUCAAUCUAUCACUUUCAUCCUUCGAAUCGCAUAUCAAGGGCGCCCGUUCAUUGAUAAAUCUUGCGCGUUCGAGCCAACACUCGUCCGACAUUAGAAUUCUUUUCACUUCUUCGAUAGCAUCUACCCAAUCAUGGGAUGUAGGAAAGGGACUCUAUCCUGAGGAAGUUGUCAUGGACUCGAGUUAUGCUAUGGGAGGAGGUUAUGGUGAAAGUAAAUAUGUCACUGAACGCAUACUUGUUCAAAGUGGCUUGCAAGUAACAUCGUUCCGGAUCGGUCAAAUAUGUGGUGGAGAACCCAAUGGGGCAUGGGCAAUGACUGAUUGGCUGCCAAUUCUAAUCAAGUCCGGCCUUACCCUAAACAAGCUUCCCGAUGCACAUGGGGUUGUCUCUUGGGUCCCUAUGGAUGCCGUAACUUCUACAGUGCUGGAUACUGCGUUCCUCAAAGAUCGCGCUCCUAUCGCUGUCAAUGUUGUGCACCCACGACCAAUUAGUUGGUCUGUCGUAAUGCGAAACAUACGACACGCUCUUAUUCGCGAGAAAUCCCUUUCCCCCGAAGAUUUAACUCUGAUCCCCUUCCAACAAUGGGUAUUAGAGUUAGAGAAGCACGUCGAUAGUUCUUCCGAUGACCUUCCGGCCUUGAAAUUAUUGAAUUUCUUUCAACUUCAAGCCUCUGCUGAUGACCGUAUCAAAGAAACCCAGGCAGGUGAAAGCCUUGGACUUACUCCAUUGAAAAUAGAAAAUGCGGAAAGGAUAAGUCAAACAAUGAAGAAUCUUGAAGCGCUCGAAGCUUCCAUCGCAGAAAAGUGGGUCAAGUACUGGGUUCGGUCUGGUAUGUAACAUUAUGUGAGCGUGUAGUUUUGAUAUGUAGAUGACUCGACGAGACUGUUUAAACAUGGCAUCAUACAAAUUUAGAAACGUCAAA